AUGAACAAUAUUUGUCAACAACGACAAAAUGUUCUUGAUAAUAACUCCUCCCGAGAAAUAAUUGAUUCAUGGCAGCCAUCAUCGUUAGAUGAAUUAAUUUGCAACAUGAAACAAUUUUUAUCCGAUAAAUAUUCUCUGGAUAAAGCAUGGUGUGUGUUUUAUUGGAUAACACAAAAUAUUCAUUAUGAUAAUACAAGAUCUGAUCAAACAGUUGAGAGUGUUUUCAAGUCACGAUCAGCUACGUCCAGUGGUUAUACCAAUUUAUUCAAACGACUUUGUGAUGAAAUUGAUUUGAAUUGUGAAAUAAUUAAGGGUACUGUUAGAACAAUCUACAAAAGGAUUAGUCAUGAAUGGAACGCAGUCGAAUUGGAGAAAAAUCAUUGGUAUUUGAUCGACUCAGCAUGGGGUAGUUAUAAUCAACUCAAUGAAAAAUCAUUGGAUCUCUACUAUUUUCUAACACCAUCAACGAAAUUAAUUCAAUCUCAUAUUCCCAAUGAUAAACAAUGGCAAUUGUUAAUACAUCCGGGCAUUACAAAAGAGCAACAAUUAAAUGUCCAACCAAAAUUUUCGAGUGCAUUUCAUGAUUAUCGAAUGGAUAUUGUAUCACCACUUGUAUGGAUUAAUAAUGGUUCAUCCUAUUUUAAAAUACAGAUUCGAGCACCUGACUAUAUACAACUAAUAUCGUCAAUAGAAUAUACCAAAGACGGUAGAAAAGGUAGUAGUUUAACUCAUUAUGAUGGUGAUAAAUGUGUCUGGGAAUGUUUACUUGCUCCACAGACAACUGGUAUACACAAAAUAAUUAUUUGUGCAAAAUCAAUCAAUACAAAUGAAAGAUAUUCUCAAUGUGUACGAUUUGAUGUGAAUGUAACUGAUUUGAACUAUUUAAUAACUUUUCCCUAUGUUAGUGAUCUAUUUCAAAGUCUCAAAUGUCAGUUAUUUGAACCAAUCUCAGAUAAUUUAAAAAUUGGCGUAAAAGUAACACUCCGUUAUCGCAUACCGAAAGCGAAAAACAUACAAAUUCAAGUUGGAACGUCAUUACAAAUACCAGAUCAUUAUGAAAAUAAUAUUUUCAAAUCUCACAUAACAGUACCCAAUGAUAAUAUACUCAUUAUGGGACAACUGAAUAAUCAAUCAUACUAUUCAACACUUGUUAAAUAUUCGACAGUAUAA